CGCUCCUCUCCUCUACCCUUCGUCUCUCUCGCCCGUGCACCACCACCAAAGGGGAACGAGCGCCGCCGACCACGCACGCCUCCAAUCCAAACCCUCACCCCCCACCCACCGGAGCACCGCCGAGCAAAUUUCUCUCGCGCAAGGGCCUCUCGUAGCCUCCCACCGCCCGCUCCCCCCUGCUGGAAUGGCGUCGAGCGGCGACGCGGCCGGAGUUGUCGUGCCUAGGAACUUCAGGCUGCUAGAAGAGCUUGAGAGAGGAGAGAAGGGCAUUGGGGAUGGAACAGUUAGCUAUGGAAUGGAUGAUGCAGAUGAUAUCUACAUGCGCUCUUGGACAGGGACAAUAAUUGGUCCCCACAACACCGUCCAUGAAGGCAGAAUUUAUCAAUUAAAACUUUUCUGUGACAAGGACUAUCCAGACAGGCCACCGACUGUCAGAUUUCACUCAAGAAUCAAUAUGACCUGUGUAAAUCCCGAGACUGGAUUGGUGGACCAAAGGAAGUUUGGCCUGUUGUCAAAUUGGCGCCGCGAGUACACGAUGGAGAACAUCUUGAUACAGCUAAAGAAAGAAAUGGCAGCAUCACACAACCGUAAACUAGUGCAGCCUCCAGAAGGGACAUUCUACGGCUAAAAGACUCGCCUCACGCAUGAUCCGAAAAACUAUCUCGGCCUCAAUCCUAGAUAUUGCAUAAGAUGAAACCUUGUUCCAACAUUUGGUGCAAACUAUUCUACCUAAUCUUUGCCGGCGUCUUUCUCAUGUUCAGUGUGCGUGUCUCGUAUGUGUGUGUGCAUGUGUCUUAUCUCGCUUUCUUUGAUGGUAGUAGCCGCUAGCAGCUACGGCAUUGUCUCCCUGGUAAACCUGUGUUUGUAAUGAUGCACUGGAGAUUCAGCUAUGUUUGUCCAAGUACUGCCAUUAUGUUUUGCUUCGUUCUGGAGAUCGCAAAGUACUAUGUGAAUGUUUCGGUUGGUUUUGUCUGUAAAACAUUGAUGUUGCAUGUAAAAGCGGGUAUUGAAUCGUCUAGUAUAGUACAUUGCAAA